CAACGAGUAAAGCAAGAACAAGGAACAUACCCUCUAUACCAUACAGAUGAAAACAUGACACCCUCUGAUUUAGUCAUGUCUAAAAAGGGGGAACAAGCUAUGCGUUAGAAACAACAGAGAUAGAGGCCGCGACAGAGACUCAAUGACGCGUUGUCAGCUCGCAGACAAUUGAAGAUUGGGCUUUAAGGUGUGUAGAGUGACUCAGUUCGUUAGCAGCAUCGUUAGAUAGAGCAACGGAAUAUGGUUGUCAUAAUGCACGUGAACGAUGCAGGAGAAGGCUGGACCUGGCUGAUGCUGCUCAUUUGCUUAACCACCACGUUGGGCUGCACCGUGCCGGUUGGCUACUUCUUUGGUGUGCUCAAUGCACCAGCUGAGAUCAUCCAGAGCUGGUGCGACGAGGUGCUCUCGAACGAAUAUGAUACGAACAGCAGUGAGCAUCAGCUCAAUUUAUUGUGGACAUCCAUUGUCUCCAUCUAUUUGAUUGGCGGCAUUUGUGGCUCCUGCUUUAGCGCCUGCUGCAGCAAUAAAUAUGGACGCAAAGGCUCCUUGAUCAUUAGCAGCGUUAUUCUUAUGAUUUGCGGCCUGCUCUUCACCUGGUGUCGCGCGGCCAAGUCACUAGAGAUGCUUCUGGUGGCACGUUUCUUUGGCGGCAUUGCCUCAGCUCUAAUCUUUACAGCGCAACCCAUGUAUCUAUUGGAGCUAGCGCCGUCUUCGCUCAGCGGCAGCGUUGGCGUCUUCACCUGCAUUGGCGUCACAGGUGGCAUUCUGCUGGCACAGAUUGUCAGCUUGCCGCAGCUGCUGGGCAACGAUGACAACUGGCCAUAUGCAUUGAGCUUCUAUGCGCUGCUUGUGCUCAUCUGUUUGCUGCCUCUGAUGUGCUAUCCGGAGAGUCCACGCUGGCUGUAUUUGGUCAAAGGCGAUGUGGAAGGCAGUGCAUAUGGACUGCGUCAGUUGCGCGGCAGCGAGGUGAAUGUGCAGCUGGAGCUCAAUGAAUUGGAGCAGACAUUAGCCAUGAAUAACAAGUCCAGCACCAUGUGCCAAGUGCUGCGCGACAAAACGCUAUUCCUGCCACUGCUGCUCGUCUGUGCCCUGCAAGCCAGUCAGCAGCUAAGCGGCAUCAAUGCUAUCUUCUUCUAUUCGCUAUCCAUUUUAACCAAUGCUGGCUUUUCAAGCAGCUCGGCUACCUGGUUAAACCUAAGCAUUGGGUGCUUCAAUCUGUUUACCUCGUUGCUUGGACCGCUGCUGUUGUAUAAGUUUAAUCGUCGUCCACUCCUGAUGUGUUCCUGCGCCAUAUGCAGCGUGUCUCUGGUUGGCAUGUCCUUCUCCCUAUACUAUCUGCUCAGCUCCGAGGGCAUGGCUCUGCGCUAUGUGAGCAUCACAUUCAUCUUGACAUUUAUCCUGGGCUUUCAACUGGGUCUCGGGCCCAUUGCCUACUUCAUUGGCUCAGAGCUUCUUGAGGAUGCGCCGCGUCCUGUGGCCAUGUCCAUAGGCAGCCUGUUCUCUUGGCUAGGCAAUUUCCUCAUCGGGCUGUGUUUCCCCUUGCUGCAGACCGUCUGGAGCUCGUUUGCCUUCAUGCCAUGCAUGUGCGUUUGCAUACUUUGCCUGCUUCUGGUCUGGCGCUAUCUGCCAGAGACACGUGGCAGGGAACCCAAAGAUGUGAAGCCACUGAUGAGCCAAGGACUACGCUCCAAAAUCAACUAA